CUGGAAAGAUCAAUUCUUUUGUCCGCGAUUGUUUUGUGUAGCUGUUGAGACCUUGCGAUUUCAUCGAGUCGGGAAAACUUUGAAACUGAACGGGGGAUGGAACUUAAGAGCUGGGCAACGGAGGGUUUUCGCAGAAAUUUUCGUCUCUCAUUGAAAGGAAAGAAUUACUUGCAGAAGAGAAAUGUGUGGGUGGUGAUGGGGGCAAAGAAUGGCUAUUUCCACUCUUGGAAGUCUUGGUUUGCUUAGCUCAAGGCUGGGGGCAUGCAAAAUGGAACUGGCAGAUAGAGCGGUGGGGUUUCUGUUGACACUCAUUAGUUUAUCCAUCUUCACUUACUACACCUUUUGGGUCAUCAUACUGCCUUUUGUGGAUAGCGAUCACUUCAUCCACCAGUAUUUUCUACCUGAGGAAUAUGCGAUACUCGUGCCCGUUUUUGCAGGCGUGGCACUCUUAUGCUUCUUAUGUGUAUUCAUUGGGUUUGUGAUGCUCAAACCGAAAAAGAAGAAAGCAUAAUGACCAGUAAUUUGUAGUUCCUUUUCUGUUUGGCCUCGCACUACCACAUUCUGGACAUCGAUUCUGUAAUUAGUUAUCUUUUUUCAGAAUGGAUGUAACGAAGAAGAUGUUGGCUGAUACUUCUUGUGCCAAGUAAUUGGAUUCCUAUAUUUCCAAAGAUUUGUUUAUCGA